AUGCAGGCCCCUCUCGCGGAGCCGGCAGCGCCCGCCGCUCGCAGUCGCAAGAAGCCGCGCUCCGGCGGCGGCGGCGGCGGCGGAGACAAAGCCAGCGUCCUCAGCACUGCCGCUGCCCUGGAGGCAAGCACGACCGUGGGAGCGGCAAGCGGGGCCUCGACGAAGAGAAACACAAGCGCUAAGGGGAAAGGGAAGGCGGAGAGUUCGCCGUCUAUGGCGGCGGGAGUCGAUGGCCGUGGUGCGGGUGCCGCCGCCGCCGCCGCCACCGCCGCCACCGCCGCCGCCGGCCCUCGUGGAGGCGAGUCGGAGAGCGAUAGCCGGGAGGACAGCGGUAGCGCUUCAUCGUCGGCGCCGCCCGCGCCGGAGAAGCAGCAGCAGCAGCAGCAGCAGCAGCAGAAGAAGAAAAAACGACGCUCCACGAACGGCAAGCGUCGCAAGGCUGGCGGCGAGGAGGACGCUGCUGCGAGUGGAGGGGGGGGUGACGGCUCUGCAGGGGGUGGUACGGCGGAAAUCCCGGAGGGUCAUGUUUCCAUUUCGGCCAAGAAGAGGCGGGACGGGGGCGGCAAGAGUACGGGCCGAGCGUCGACGGCCGUGCAAGAGCCUGACAAGGUCCCCUCCGCUCCGAAACCGUCGACAAAGGGGAAAGGAGAGGACCUCCUUACGACGAAGCUCAGCCCAAUCGCGCCUCCCCCGAAGCGGCCCCGCAAGCUGCUCGGCGGGGGUACCAGCCGCUGCAAGACCCCCCAGCCAAAGAAGAAGUCCAAAGCUUCGAGGACUGACGAGAUGGAGGAGGAGGAGGAGGAGGACGAGGAGAAGGAGGAGGGUAAUGAUUCCACGAUGUGCCCCGCGCCUCCUCCGCCGCCAGCGAGAGGUGUUGGACCAAAAUCAGGGGGUGGGGUCGGGCCGAAGUCUGGUUCGGCGAAUGUCGCGGCUGCCAGGGGGAUGGUGGCGGGCGGAGUUGCUACAGGGGUGCGGCCGUCGCCGGCAGUGGGCGGCAACAGCGGCGGCGGCAGCGGCAGCAGCGAUGCCGCCGCAGUAAAACCAGCGUUCAAACCUCUUAAGCUGUCAACGACCUCCAUCCUUGCCAUGAGGGGCAAGUCCACAUCGAAGACCGCGUUGUUCAAGGGCUUCCUGGACCCCAAGAAAGGCUUCAAGGUCCCCAAGCUCAAGGUUGGGGCGAAGCGAGGUUAG